CGCCUGUGGCACAUGAUGCGCGGCAGAAGCCAAGUCGGGGACAGGGUGUAUCUGAUUUGGUGUUUCAUGGAGCCUAUAUUAUCGGACUUUAUUUUCCUUUUUAAUUAACAGUCGAUAUUAUAGUAUAGGAUUUUCUUGAACGCUUGCUGAUAUUUAUCUGUGUCAAAGACUUUGGAAAGACACGGUAGCCUACUUUAAAAGUGUCACUCGUCGCAGAGUGCUGGCUAAUUGUUGCUAGUGGGGAUUCAUGCGUUAAGCACCGGGAACUCUCAAGUGUCGCUCUCCAUAGACACAUGUACUGAAGAUGCAUUGAAGAGAAAGACCCCUGAGAGUUACUAUGAAUCAUGUCUCGGGACUCUAUGUGUCCAUGGGAUUUAGUCAAACUAUAGUCAAGAAAAAAAGAUAAACCUAAAGUUGAUUUGUGCUCAUAGGGCCAUAGACUAAAAUAUAAAGGACGUAUCCGCUCAACUGCCAUCAACUAAACCGCCCACGAAUGUCUCAUAACAGAAUAUCACCUCAAGUUUGACUGCUGAUGUUUCGUCAGUGAAUAUUAUUUUCCAACUGUGGUGUCCUCUUCAGGCUCUCCUCUCAUCGGCUGUAUCCUACGUGGACGCUGCUGCUAGCUAUGCUGCAUGGGACGCUAUAUUCUCCGGGAUAGCACAGUACAGCAUGAUCUCAGCACUGGUCCACAGAUCCGAUGCGAUGUGCCGCCAGUGUCUGUUCUCGACUAUCACUGGCUCAUUAGGACUGCAGCUCAACGUUAGACCAGCAUCAGAUAGCCUGUCAUGGGAAGAUAGAUUGAGGAGCUGAGUAGGGUAAGGGAAAGAGGGGGGAGGGAGAUGAAGGAGAUGCGCCCGCAGACUUCUUUCUAUGUGUAGUAAUUCGACCAUGUCAAAUGGUAGUGACAGAAAGUGAUAUAAUAGCCCACCGAGAUGAGCGGUUUGGUGCAGCUACCCAGCGGAGGACUCACAUACCCGCGCAUAUAGCUUUCACAAUGGACAAGGGGAACAGGAAUAGCCGUACGGAUGAUUAGAUUGGUUUUGUUGCAUUACCACUACUUAAUGUAAAGAUGAUUCGAUUGUUUUGUUGCAUUACCACUACUUAAUGUAAAGAUGAUUCGAUUGUUUUGUUGCAUUACCACUACUUAAUGUAAAGAUGAUUAGAUUGGUUUUGUUGCAUUACCACUACUUAAUGUAAAGAUGAUUCGAUUGUUUUGUUGCAUUACCACUACUUAAUGUAAAGAUGGUUCGAUUGUUUUGUUGCAUUACCACUACUUAAUGUAAAGAUGAUUCGAUUGUUUUGUUGCAUUACCACUACUUAAUGUAAAGAUGAUUCGAUUGUUUUGUUGCAUUACCACUACUUAAUGUAAAGAUGAUUAGAUUGGUUUUGUUGCAUUACCACUACUUAAUGUAAAGAUGAUUCGAUUGUUUUGUUGCAUUACCACUACUUAAUGUAAAGAUGGUUCGAUUGUUUUGUUGCAUUACCACUACUUAAUGUAAAGAUGAUUCGAUUGUUUUGUUGCAUUACCACUACUUAAUGUAAAGAUGAUUCGAUUGUUUUGUUGCAUUACCACUACCUAAUGUAAAGAUGAUUCGAUUGUUUUGGAUUAGGGGUUGAUGGGUAGCGUAUUGCGCUGAUGUGGUAUGCUCUGGAUACCGCCCAAAAAGUAUUCGGUCCCAAACGAAGGAAUAACGAAAGGUUCUAGCUAAGUGGGUUGGUUCUUCUCGGUUGUCCAGGUUAGCCUAUACAAUUAAUGAGAAGGGAGAUUGACUUGUGUAAAUGUCCUGUAACGUUUUUGGAAUGAGCUCUGAGCACGUGCAAUAUCAGUUCAGAUUUUCUAAAGAUUCUAAAGUAGGACCAUAAAGUGAUUGGAUGCCCUGUCUGUCGCGGUGCGGGUUGCUGUCCGACGGGGAGGGGGUCGCCAUCCGACACGGAGUGGGUCGCUGUCCGUCGCGCUAGUGGUGCUGAAGUCUGGAUGAUGCCUGUUCAGCGACUGCAAGGCUGCCGCUCCCUCCACUUAAACGAAGACAACGGCCGCUUCUUGCUGCUAGCCAUCCUGAUCGUUCUGUAUCUGCUGUGCGGUGCCGUGGUGUUUUCUGCUAUAGAGCGUCCUUCGGAGGUGCAGGCGCACGGCAAAUGGAACAUAACACUUUUCAACUUCAGCGAGACGUUCAAUAUCAGUUUGGAGGAUCUGAACUCUUUCCUACGGGAGUAUGAGACUGCUAUUGCUGCGGGGAUCCGAGCUGAUGCUCUCAGGCCGCGAUGGGAUUUUACAGGGGCUUUUUAUUUCGUUGGGACUGUGGUGUCAACUAUUGGUUUCGGGAUGUCCACUCCAGUGACGGUAACAGGGAAGGUGUUCCUGAUCUUCUACGGUCUCCUCGGCUGCGCCGCCACCAUCUUGUUCUUUAACCUCUUCCUGGAACGCAUUAUCACCCUCCUGGCCGUGGUCAUGAAGGCCGUGAGGGAACGGCGCAUUCGGAACUCUGGCCUCCUCCCGCCGGGUAUUCGCCAUGACUUCUCAGCGUGUUCUUUCCCGGGGUGGAAGCCGUCGGUCUACCACGUCAUGUUGAUCCUGGGGCUAUCCGCCAUCAUCAUCUCCUGCUGCGCCUCGGCCAUGUACACCCCCGUGGAGGGAUGGGCCUACCUGGACUCACUCUACUUCUGCUUCGUCACAUUCAGUACCAUCGGCUUUGGGGACCUGGUGUCGAGCCAGAGAGCGGACUAUGAGUACCAGCCGCUGUACCGUCUGGCCAACUGCCUGUUCAUCCUCAUGGGCGUGUGCUGCAUCUACUCUCUGUUCAAUGUCAUCUCCAUCGUCAUCAAACAGGUGCUCAACUGGAUGCUUCAGAACCUAUGCUGCCAGCGGUGUAAAAUCAAGUCCAACUCUUUCCCAUUGGGUCGCCGCAACGCCAUCCGGCCUGGUUCGAGAAUCCGUAAAGGUCGCUUCCGAAUCAAACGCACGCUGGACUCGGGGGAUUCGGGACCCUACGAAAGAGACAUGGAGGGAGGAGGACGCAGACUCUCGGGAGAGAUGAUAUCAAUGAAGGACCUGACGGCCUCGAAUAAGGUCUCACUGGCACUCAUGCAGAAGCAGUUAUCAGAGUCCGCUAAUGGUUAUCCAAGAACAGUGUGUGGUGGCUCGAGACAUAACGGAUUCUCUGGAGGAGUGGGCGCUCUGGGGAUCAUGAACAACAGGCUGGCAGAGACCAGCAACUCCAGGUAGAACUGAGCAGUGUUUCUCGACUUCUAGUCCGUGGACAGGCACUGGUCUGUGGGAUGGGACGUUCAGUCCGAGAGAUGAGUAGCUGACUUAAUUUAAGAGCUCCCUCAAGGAGUAAAGACCAUAGACUGCUUGUCUUAAUGAAAAGGUUGAGACACUGGAAGAACCCUGCAGGAGAAUAUGCUUAAGAAGACAUACUGAUGGAGAGAAACAGAGGCGCUUUAAGAUUCUGCAAGGUUUCAUGUGAUGAACUGUACUUGCUAUCACUCUUGUCAUGCUUGAUUAUGUCUGGUCCUUCGUUGGAAGAGCAUGAUGAUAUGCAUGACAUUUUUGGGGAUGGAAUCAACAUCCUGCGAUGAUGAUGAUGAUGAUGAUGAUGAUGAUGAUGAUGAUGAUGAUGAUGAUGAUGAUGAUGAUGAUGAUGAUGAUGAUGAUGAUGAUGAUGUACAGUUGUAAUGAUACUGUGGGAAGGAAAGUAACCUUCUUGUAAAUGAACUUUGGAAGGUCAAAACACUUGAGAAUGCCAUGAGGCUAUAACCUUACAUUUUGCUCUCUGACUCAAAGCAACCGGAGAACAUUUUCACUGAUAUAGCAGUGGUAUUCUUCAGAAUAAUUAGUUAGCCAUAGCUGAGUAGAUCUCUGAGGCUGUAUGUAUCAUGCGUCUUAGAUAAGAUACAGAGAGAGAUAGAUCCUAGAUCAGCACUCCUACUCUGAGACUUGAUACAUUUUGACUUCUACAGUGUACUGUACUGGAAGAGGCAACUCUGUGUGAUCAUUAUUAGGCUACAUCAUUAUCGCUUCUGGUCUUUUUCAAUAAGUAUGGCAUUUAUAAGUAGAUUUGAAUGUAAAGGUUGAGUUCGUACUGUAGCUGUCAUUUCUGUAUGGUAUAACUAUGCAUUCCAUGUCUCAUGGUGAAGAACAAUAGGAACUCAUCUACAUAUCAGAUACACUUACAGACUUGCCCUGAAGUAUGGAAGCUGAACCAUAGAGAGAAUAACCUUACAGACCUGUCCUAAGUAUGGAAGCUGAACCGUAGAGAGAAUAACCUUACAGACCUGUCCUGAAGUAUGGAAGCUGAACCAUAGAGAGAAUAACCUUACAGACCUGUCCUGAAGUAUGGAAGCUGAACCAUAGAGAGAAUAACCUUACAGACCUGUCCUGAAGUAUGGAAGCUGAACCAUAGAGAGAAUAACCUUACAGACCUGUCCUGAAGUAUGGAAGCUGAACCGUAGAGAGAAUAACCUUACAGACCUGUCCUGAAGUAUGGAAGCUGAACCAUAGGGAGAAUAACCUUACAGACCUGUCCUGAAGUAUGGAAGCUGAACCAUAGAGAGAAUAACCUUACAGACCUGUCCUGAAGUAUGGAAGCUGAACCAUAGAGAGAAUAACCUUACAGACCUGUCCUGAAGUAUGGAAGCUGAACCAUAGAGAGAAUAACCUUACAGACCUGUCCUAAGUAUGGAAGCUGAACCAUAGAGAGAAUAACCUUACAGACCUGUCCUGAAGUAUGGAAGCUGAACCGUAGAGAGAAUAACCGUAGGGAUGGCAAACCUAGUCUCAACUAUAUGAAUGGAAUUACUUGAAUGGAGAGUCAAGCCAUUCAGGUCAAUGUUCUGUGAUGGGUGGGCCGGUGACCAUAUUGAUUGUACCCAUGCGAGGAAGUACAAGCAAGAAAUCAUUAUAUUUCUAUGGUCUCAAGCAAUCAUCUUGAUACUAGUCUAAUCUUAAACUCAGGUGACUGAUUCUGUUGGGGAAGAGGAGACAGGUUCUGCACGCCCCUAAUCGCCCCUCAACCCUUCCCUCUGGCCCUAGCGCUUUGAUGUUUAACAAUCUGUAAGGUAGAAGCAAUAUGGUGGAAGCUCCAACACUUCACUGCUGAUACCUAUCCAAACCCUUCAGAUCUGCCAAUUUAGGGCCAAGGGGAAGGGUAAAACAAAUCAAUCAGACUGGCUGGUGUUUUCGUAUGGGGUUCAUGCUACUGCUGUACUGUGAUGUAGCCUACAGACCAGCUCUGUUAUGUCAGUCAGUUCAGUGAGCUCCUAGUAAGAUAUUCCGCAACUGAGCCUGAGUGCAGGUCUUCAAACAGUAAUUUCCUUUUCUCAAGAUGGAAGUGUGUAGCGAGGGGAGGUAGGGAGCUCAGAUCAUGUUUCAGGUCAAAGAGUAUUCUACUUACUUUAUGGAUGUCUGCAGGCUAGAACUCCUCUCCUCCUCUCCUCCUCCUGUUCCCCUCUCUCCCUCUCCUUCUUCUUCUCCUCUUCUCCACUUCUCCUGUUCCCCUCUUCUUCUCUUCCCCUCUCCUUCUCCUUCUCCUCUCCUCCUCUCCUCCUCCUGUUCCCCUCUCCCCCUCUCCUUCUCCUCCCCUUUCCCCCUCUUCUCCUGUUCCCCUCUUCUUCUCUUCCCCUCUCCUUCUUCUUCUCCUCUUCUCCACUUCUCCUGUUCCGCUCUUCUUCUCUUCCCCUCUCCUUCUCCUUCUCCUCUCCUCCUCCUGUUCCCCUCUCCCCCUCUCCUUCUCAUCCCCUUCCCUCCUCUUCUCCUGUUCCCCUCUUCUUCUCUUCCCCUCUCCUUCUUCUCCUCUUCUCCACUUCUCCUGUUCCCCUCUUCUUCUCUUCCCCUCCCCUUCUUCUUCUCCUCUUCUCCACUUCUCCUGUUCCCCUCUUCUUCUCUUCCCCUCUCCUUCUCCUUCUCCUCUUAUCCACUUCUCCUGUUCUCCUCCCCUUCUCCCCCUCCUGUUCCCCUCUUCUCCUCUCCUUCUCUUCCCCUCUUCUCUUCUCCUCCUCCCCUCCUGUUCCCCUCUUAUCCUUCUCUCCUCCUCCUCCUCCUCUUCUACCCUCCUCUUCUCCUAUUCCCCUCUUCCCUUCUCCUUCUCUUCCCCUCUUCCCCCCUUCUCUUCUACUCCUCUUCUCCUCCUCUUCUCCUGUCCCCCUCUUCUCCUGUUCUCCUCCCCUUCUCCCCUCCUCUUCUGCUGUUCCCCUCUUCUCCUCUCCUUCUCUUCCCCUCUUCUCCCCUUCUCUUCUACUCCUCUUCUCCUCCUCUUCUCCUGUCCCCCUCUUCUCCUGUUCUUAUCCCCUUCUCCCCUUCUCCCCUCCUCUUCUCCUGUUCCCCUCUUCUCCUCUCCUUCUCUUCCCCUCUUCUCUUCUCCUCAUCCCCCCAUCUUCUCCUGUUCCCCUCUUAUCAUCCUCUCCUCCUCCUCCUCCUCCUCCUCCUCCUCGUCUCCCCUUCUCUUCUCCUCCCUCUCCUGUCCCCCUCUUCUCCUCUUCCUCCUCCUCUCCUCCUCCUCCCCCUCUCCUCCUCCUCUUCUCCCCUCCUCUUCUCCUCCUCUCCUCUUGCCUGUAAGAAAGAGAAAAAAGACAGGAAAAAGAACAAAGGCUAAAAGUGUGCAACCUGAUAAUUACAGUGAACAUUAAAUAAGAUGUAUUUCUGUAAAAGGACUAAGGAAGAAGAGACUCAUAGCCAGAGCAAGGUGUAGCUACUCUUUGUGUUCAUUCCAAAUGACACCUUAUUUCCUAUAUAGUGCAAUACUUUUGACUAGGCCCCAUAGAGUGCACUACAUUGGGAAUAGGGUUCCAUUUGGGACACAGAUGGUCUUUGUUCUGAAGACAAGGAGCACUCUGAUCCAUUAUAGAGAAAAGAUAGACAUAGUCAACAGGUCAAACCUCCCAGAUGUCAUUAUAAAACCCUGUAUCUUUCAGGCGAAUGGUCUCAAAGACAGCUUUUACUUACUAUAAGUGCACUGUUUGGGCAGAGAAGGUCAUAGGAAGUACGCACUAUGAGGAACAGAAAGGAAAAUGGAACACUGCUGUUUGGAUAUAAUGGGAGAGAGAGAGAGAAAGAGAGAGAAACACCCUCCCAGAUACACAGAAUAGCCAAGAGCUUAACUCAGUCUGCCAUCCGUCGUUAGCAUCUCUCUCUCUAGUCCACCAAUGCCUACUACUGCUAGAGGCUCUGCCAUCUCUGCAUUCAGCUCAGUCACACACACCCUCUCCGACCAUCCUGCUAGGUUUGUCUUUCUUAUCAGUCAGCCAGCACACUGUGCAGAUUUUUAUUUUUUAUUUUAUUUCACCUUUAUUUAACCAGGUAGGCUAGUUGAGAACAAGUUCUCAUUUACAACUGCGACCUGGCCAAGAUAAAGCAUAGCAGUGUGAACAGACAACAACACAGAGUUACACAUGGAGUAAACAAUAAACAAGUCAAUAACAUGGUAGAAAAAAAGAGAAUCUAUAUACAAUGUGUGCAAAAGGCAUGAGGAGGUAGGCAAUAAAUCGAAUAAUUACAAUUUAGCAGAUUAACACUGGAAUGAUAAAUCAUCAGAUGAUCAUGUGCAAGUAGAGAUACUGGUGUGCAAAAGAGAAGAAAAGUAAAUAAAUAAAAGCAGUAUGGGGGUGAGGUAGGUAAAUUGGGUGGGCUAUAUACAUAUACAUAUAUAACACCAUGACUGGAAGUAUAGCAAAUCAAAGUUUUUGGUUGCGUACACAGUUCAUCAGAUGUUGUAGCAGGUGCAGUGAAAUGCUUAUGUUACUAGCUCCUAACAGUGCAGCAAAAAUGUCAAACAAGUACACAAAUAAUAAUAAAACAAGAAAUGAGGAAUGUCAGAACGAGUCCAGUUAACAACCCAAACAUCACUGUUAUCAGUAAUCCAAAUGCAAUCUCCUUAUAUACUCCAACAAGAUAUACUUAGAAUGAUAUGUACAGCAGUAGAUAUAUUACAGGGAGCGAUGUUGAGAAUUCAGCGUAUAAAUUAACUGUGGAACUAAAUGCAAUGUAGUGGUAGAUAUAUUAGAAUGAGCCAUGUGGAGCAUCCAGUUCAUGAAUACACAGUUAGAAAACAUUAAGAAACUAUCCCGUGUUUAAUGUCUCUACAGUGUAUACAUGGGACAGUGGAGUUGUGUUUGUGUGUGCGUGAGUAUUGGAGUAUGCGUGUGUAUGAGGUGUGUGAGUGAGUCUUUGUCUCUUAUUACAGAAGAUGGUGCGAUGACUGUUUAACAGUCUGAUGGUCUGGAGAUAGAAGCUGUUUAACAGUCUGAUGGUCUGGUAAUAGAAGCUGUUCAACAGUCUGAUGGUAAUAGAAGCUGUUUAACAGUCUGAUGGUCUGGAGAUAGAAGCUGUUCAACAGUCUGAUGGUCUGGUAAUAGAAGCUGUUCAACAGUCUGAUGGUCUGGUAAUAGAAGCUGUUCAACAGUCUGAUGGUCUGGUAAUAGAAGCUGUUCAACAGUCUGAUGGUCUAAUAAUUUAAGCUGUUCAACAGUCUAAUGGUCUGGAGAUAGAAGCUGUUCAACAGUCUGAUGGUCUGGAGAUAGAAGCUGUUCAACAGUCUGAUGGUCUGGUAAUAGAAGCUGUCCAACAGUCGGAUGGUAAUAGAAGCUGUUCAACAGUCUGAUGGUCUGGUAAUAGAAGCUGUUCAACAGUCUGAUGGUCUGGUAAUAGAAGCUGUUCAACAGUCUGAUGGUCUGGUAAUAGAAGCUGUCCAACAGUCUGAUGGUCUGGUAAUAGAAGCUGUCCAACAGUCUGAUGGUCUGGUAAUAGAAGCUGUUCAACAGUCUGAUGGUCUGGUAAUAGAAGCUGUUCAACAGUCUGAUGGUCUGGUAAUAGAAGCUGUUCAACAGUCUGAUGGUCUGGUAAUAGAAGCUGUUCAACAGUCUGAUGGUCUGGUAAUAGAAGCUGUUCAACAGUCUGAUGGUCUGGUAAUAGAAGCUGUCCAACAGUCGGAUGGUAAUAGAAGCUGUUCAACAGUCUGAUGGUCUGGUAAUAGAAGCUGUCCAACAGUCUGAUGGUAAUAGAAGCUGUUCAACAGUCUGAUGGUCUGGUGAUAGAAGCUGUUCAACAGUCUGAUGGUAAUAGAAGCUGUUCAACAGUCUGAUGGUCUGGUAAUAGAAGCUGAUCAACAGUCUGAUGGUCUGGUAAUAGAAGCUGAUCAACAGUCUGAUGGUCUGGUAAUAGAAGCUGUUCAACAGUCUGAUGGUAAUAGAAGCUGUUCAACAGUCUGAUGGUCUGGUAAUAGAAGCUGUUCAACAGUCUGAUGGUCUGGUAAUAGAAGCUGUUCAACAGUCUGAUGGUAAUAGAAGCUGUCCAACAGUCUGAUGGUCUGGUAAUAGAAGCUGAUCAACAGUCUGAUGGUCUGGUAAUAGAAGCUGUUCAACAGUCUGAUGGUAAUAGAAGCUGUUCAACAGUCUGAUGGUAAUAGAAGCUGUUCAACAGUCUGAUGGUCUGGAGAUAGAAGCUGUUCAACAGUCUGAUGGUCUGGAGAUAGAAGUUGUUCAACAGUCUGAUGGUCUGGUAAUAGAAGCUGUUCAACAGUCGGAUGGUCUGGAGAUAGAAGCUGUUCAACAGUCUGAUGGUCUGGAGAUAGAAGUUGUUCAACAGUCUGAUGGUCUGGUAAUAGAAGCUGUUCAACAGUCUGAUGGUCUGGUGAUAGAAGCUGUUCAACAGUCUGAUGGUCUGGUAAUAGAAGCUGUUCAACAGUCUGAUGGUAAUAGAAGCUGUUCAACAGUCUGAUGGUAAUAGAAGCUGUUCAACAGUCUGAUGGUCUGGAGAUAGAAGUUGUUCAACAGUCUGAUGGUCUGGUAAUAGAAGCUGUUCAACAGUCUGAUGGUAAUGGUAAUAGAAGCUGUUCAACAGUCUGAUGGUCUGGAGAUAGAAGCUGUUCAAUAGUCUGAUGGUCUGGUAAUAGAAGCUGUUCAACAGUCUGAUGGUCUGGUAAUAGAAGCUGUUCAACAGUCUGAUGGUCUGGUGAUAGAAGCUGUUCAACAGUCUGAUGGUCUGGUAAUAGAAGCUGUUCAACAGUCUGAUGGUAAUGGUAAUAGAAGCUGUCCAACAGUCUGAUGGUCUGGUAAUAGAAGCUGUCCAACAGUCGGAUGGUCUGGUAAUAGAAGCUGUUCAACAGUCUGAUGGUAAUAGAAGCUGUUCAACAGUCUGAUGGUCUGGAGAUAGAAGCUGUUCAACAGUCUGAUGGUCUGGUAAUAGAAGCUGUCCAACAGUCUGAUGGUCUGGUAAUAGAAGCUGUUCAACAGUCUGAUGGUAAUGGUAAUAGAAGCUGUUCAACAGUCUGAUGGUCUGGUAAUAGAAGCUGUUCAACAGUCUGAUGGUAAUGGUAAUAGAAGCUGUCCAACAGUCUGAUGGUCUGGUAAUAGAAGCUGUUCAAUAGUCUGAUGGUCUGGUGAUAGAAGCUGUUCAACAGUCUGAUGGUAAUGGUAAUAGAAGCUGUCCAACAGUCUGAUGGUCUGGUAAUAGAAGCUGUUCAACAGUCUGAUGGUAAUGGUAAUAGAAGCUGUCCAACAGUCUGAUGGUCUGGUAAUAGAAGCUGUUCAACAGUCUGAUGGUAAUGGUAAUAGAAGCUGUCCAACAGUCUGAUGGUCUGGUAAUAGAAGCUGUCCAACAGUCUGAUGGUCUGGUAAUAGAAGCUGUUCAAUAGUCUGAUGGUCUGGUAAUAGAAGCUGUUCAACAGUCUGAUGGUCUGGAAAUAGAAGCUGUUCAACAGUCUGAUGUUCUGGAGGUAGAAGCUGUUUAACAGUCUGAUGGUCUGGUAAUAGAAGCUGUUCAACAGUCUGAUGGUCUGGUAAUAGAAGCUGUUCAACAGUCUGAAGGUCUGGAAAUAGAAGCUGUUCAACAGGCUGAUGGUCUGGAGAUAGAAGCUGUUCAACAGUCUGAUGGUCUGGUAAUAGAAGCUGUUCAACAGUCUGAUGGUCUGGUAAUAGAAGCUGUUCAACAGUCUGAAGGUCUGGAAAUAGAAGCUGUUCAACAGGCUGAUGGUCUGGAGAUAGAAGCUGUUCAACAGUCUGAUGGUCUGGCGAUAGACGCUGUUCAACAGUCUGAUGGUCUGGAGAUAGAAGCUGUUUAAUAGUCUGAUGGCCUGGAGAUAGAUGCUGUUUUUCACUCUAUUGGUCCCAGCUUUGAUGCACCUGUACUGUAUCCUCCUUCUAGAUGGUAGCGGUGUGAACAGGCCAUGACUUGGGUGGCUGAGUUGCUGUUCCAGGGGGUGAUGCAAACCUCCCUGACCAAGGCCCUCUCCCCCGAUUGCUCAGUUUGGCCGGGCGGCCAGCUCUAGGAAGAACCUUGGUGGUUCCAAACUUCUUCCAUUUAAGAAUGAUGAAGGCCACUGUGUUCUUGGGGACCUUCAAUGCUGGUACCCUUCCCCAGAUCUCCGCCUCGGCACAAUCCUGUCAAAAUGUUGAGUCUCAUAGCAAAGGGUCUGAAUACUUAUGUAAAUAAGGUAUUCCAUAUACAGUACCAGUCAAAAGUUUGGACACACCUACUCAUUCAAGGGUUUUUCUUUAUUUUUGCUAGUUUCUACAUUGUAGAAUAAUAGUGAAGACAUCAAAAUCAUAAAAUAACACAUUUGGAAACAUGUAGUAACCAAAAAAGUGUAAAACUCAAAAUAGUAGCCACCCUUUGCAUUGAUGGCAGCUUUACACAAUCUUGGCAUUCUCUCAACCAGCUUCACCUGGAAUGCUUUUCCAACGGUCUUGAAGGAUUUCCCCCAUAUGCUGUGCACUUGUUGGCCUCUUUUCCUUCACUCUGGGGUCCAACUCAUCCCAAAUCAUCUCAACUGGGUUGAGUUUGGGUGAUUGUAGAGGCCAGGUCAUCUGACACAGCACUCCAUCACUCUCCUUCUUGGUGAAAUAGCCCUUACACAGCCUGGAGGUGUGUUGGGUCAUUGUCCUGUUGAAAAACAAAUGAUAGUCUCACUAAGUGCAAACCAGAUGGGAUGGUGUAUCGAUGCUGAAUGCUGUGGUAGCCAUGCUGGUUAAGUGUUCCUUGAAUUCUAAAUAAAUCACUGACAAUUUCACCAGAAAAGGACCCCACACCAUCACACCUCCUCCUCCAUGCUUCACGGUGGAAAACAAACAGGCGGAAAUCAUCCCCUUACCUACUCUGCGUCUCACAAAGGCACGGCGGUUGGAACCAAAAAUUGCAUGUUUGGAUUCAUCAGACCUAAGGUCAGAUUUCCACCUGUCUAAUGUCCAUUGCUCGUGUUUCUUGGCACAAGCAAGUCUCUUCUUAUUAUUGGUGUCCUUUAGUAGUGGGUUCUUUGGAGCAAUUCGACCAUGAAGGCCUGAUUUAUGCAGUCUCCUCUGAGCCGUUGAUUUUGAGAUGUGUCUGUUACUUGAACUCUGUGAAGCAUUUAUUUGGGCUGCAAUUUCUGAGGCUGGUAACUCUAAUGAACGUAUCCUCUGCAGCAGAGGUAACUCUGGGUCAUCCUUUCUUGUGGCGAUCCUUAUGAGAGCCAGUUUCAUCGUGAAGCUACAUAGUUUUUGCAACUGCACUUGAAGAAACUUUCAAAGUUCUUGAAAUUUUCUGGAUUGACUGAUUUAACUUAAAUGUCUUAACUUAAAGUAAUGAUGGACUGUCGUUUCUCUUUGCUUAUUUUAGCCGUUCUUGCCAUAAUAUGGACUUGGUCUUUUACUAAAUAGGGCUAUCUUCUGUAUACCACCACGACCUUGUCACAACACAACUGAUUGGCUCAAACGUAUUUAGAAGGAAAGAAAUCCCACAAAUUAAUUGAAAUGCAUUCCAGGUGACUACAUCAUGAAGCUGGUUGAGAGAAUGCCAAGCGUGUGCAAAGCUAUCAUAAAGGCAAAGGGUGGCUACUUUGAAAAAUCUAAAAUCUAAAAUAUAUUUUGAUUUGCUUAAAAAGAAUGUGGGUUACUACAUGAUUCCAUGUGUUUUAUUUCAUAGUUUUGAUGUCUUCACUCUUAUUCUACAAUGUAGAAUCCCUAAUCCCUAGAUGCACAACUUUGAACCCAGGCUCAUAGAGCUCUGGUCCUAAGUAGUGCACUAUAUAGGGAAUAAAUAUACUUUUUACAGAUAGAUACAGUAUCUAUAAGUUGGAAUGUUUCCAUUGCUCUGUCCUCGGGUUAAAAAAGAACUAGACAAAAUGACUCAGGUAGUUGAGACUUCAGGCUUGUUGUAGUUAACUGUAGUUAACCAUUAUGGUGAAGCCAUAUGAGAUCGUUGUAUAUAAAACAUAGAUUACUCUUUGAAAUAUAUUUUUCUAUAGCUGUAACAUAACAGAUAAAAUAGAAGACGAAUGGUUGUAUCCAGGACCAUCUCUUUCCUGAGCUGCUUUAUAAUGACACAAUUGACACUGAAUGGAAAAUGUAGUGAGCACAAGCAGCUGCUACAAUACACUAUAUUUCCAUGACAAAGAAAGUGCUCAGGGUUGGAUAUUCAUUUGUGGCCGGCCAUAAUGGAUUGGUAAAAAUUAGAAGUUUGGACUAUGGAGUGUAGCAUUUCAAUAGCACAUGAUUCUAUUACCCAACAGAACACAGAGCAAAUUAAACAGCUAGAUUGUAAUGUCUCAGCUAAUAGGAAUAGCAACUCAUUGUAGCAAUGUGAAGGUGUGUAGUGUGUCUCCCCGAGCCAUUUAAAACAGUGUUCAAAACAACAGAUUCCACCAGAGGGGGACACUAUGUACAGGACAUUCUAGAAACUUAUGACAUACAUUCUAGAAGUGAAUUAUAUACAUUCAAGAAUUCCUUUGAUGCAGUCUCUCCUACUGUAUAAUAUCAAUCUGUCCUGGUCCCUCUGGAAGAUGAGGGGUGUAGCCUGGGUACAGAACUGCUGGAGACAUCGCACUUACUGACUGACUGCUUCCCCUUCGGGACAUAGGGGCUAGGGGAGAAGGACAUUAAAGGAACACUCUUUACCUCUCCAGGAGCAGGAAACCUGUAUGUGUGUGUAUUUGUGUUUGCGUGUGAGCGUUUGUGUGUGUGUUUGCAUUUGCAUGCCCUCAUGUGCGUGCAUGCACCUGUAUGUGUUUAGAGAGAGAUGUAUUGCGAGUCUUUAAAUGAAUUACAUCUGCUAGUAUUGAUCCUGCAGAUGCCUCUAGAUUAGAAUUAGAUCAAACAUCCAAUAAUAACAUGUAUUUUACACGAGGCUGAGUGAUGAUGCAUCAAGCUUUUACAACAUUAGAGAUAUAAAUAAUAUAUGAAUAAAUAUAUUUAGAGUAAGGUACAACAUUAGAGACAUAAAUAAAUAUUAUAUUUAGAGUAAGGUUUGCUCACUUACAAAUGUAUGCAUGAAUUCAACUGCCUUACCUUUGUCCUUGCAUAUUAAAACAUUACAUCUCCCAA